AUGUUUUCAGCUGCUUCGCAGCCGUGCAAAGAGCUCAGGGUGGGCCUGGCUAGCGACAUAUACACCCUUAACGAUGCUGCGGAGGAGCGGUUGGCGGCGCAGGAGGCCUUGGCUGGAGCACAUGACGGGCCUCUGACGGCCUACGAGGCUGCGCUUAAGAUCCAAGAACAGUACAUGGUGAAAGAUGAGGCUCAAGAGGCUGCAGAUAGGCAGAAAGAGGAGGAACGGAGGGGUAUGAGGGAGCGAAGGGAAACCGACGAGAUACUCACUUUGCAGCAGAUGCUCCCGGACCUGCUGCAAGCAGGAAGGCUGAAGGAGGCGGAAGGGGCCAUCUGCUGUUUCCUUGACAGGAACCCCCACAGCGCUGAUGGGUUCGUGCUUCUCGCAGAGACCUACUGCCAUCAACGCAAUCAAAUGGGGGCCCUCUCAGCAAUCUGGGGCGCUAUCCACAACUGCCCUGGAAACCGCCGGCUCCUGCGCCUGUUAUCGCAGUAUGAGGAGGCCUUUCUCAUGCAGUGCUGCGAGUUGCCUCUAGAAUUCAAGAUCAAGGCCCUCCAGGUGUCUGAGGUAGAAGCCUCUGCAGGGGCGACCGACGCUGUCGGCCCCAUGGAGACCGUAUUGCGCCCUCAGGAGGCGCCCGUAACAAUCGCGAAACAAGGAAAGCACAUGGUUGCCUUUGCCAACAGGAGUCUGAGCCCUGGUGAUUUGAUAUUUAGGGAGAAGCCGUUUGUAUGCACUCCUGUGGUAUUGGAAAGCGGCCAGGUGUUCAGCAGCUGUUUUCACUGCCUGCAGGAGCGAGGCGACCCGAGUCAGGCCUUCUCCUGCCCCGUCUCUCCUAACACCUGUCCCUUUGUGUUCUGCUCCUGGAAGUGCCUCAUGGCGAGCGCCCGCGUACACUCCGUCGAAUGUGCCUGCAUGCCCUUGAUAUUCGCAGCUGCCAAGGAGUCCGGCAUGUCGGUGACAUAUGUGUUGCAUCUCUUUCGAGUUCUGACAAAGGCCUCUCUGCAGCGGCAGGCGCAGCUCCGGGGGGACAUCAUCGGGGGGGAUAAAACAUUUCUCGGAGACAUUUCCAGCCAGCUUUUCAGCUUAAAUUCCUUCGAAGCCGAAGUGCGCAAAGGCCAGCCUGAGCUUCUCAAGAAGCUGCAACUGCUAACGCGCCGCCUGCAGCAAAGUAUACAACCCAACAUGCUGUUGUAUCUCAAAGACGACGAAUUGCUUCACGUUGCACUCGUGGUCUUACAGUACUCCCCGUUCAUCUCCGCCACCUCUGCAGCAGCAGCAGUGCAGAGGAGAGCCCCUGACGCCACUCUCGGUCAUGUCUUUGCCCCUGCGGCUGCGUUGCUGCACCACAGCUGCGUGCCCACAGCGACGGUGACGCUGGACGAGGACGGCCAGCUAGCUGUGCGAGCCUUGACGCAGAUUCCUGCAGGAGGCUACAUUUGUGUUUCUGCAGAGGAGGACCUGUUCAAGGCACAGAAGGACCGCAAAGCUGUCGAGGCCCUCCCCCGAGUGUUUGGGUGUGGCUGCAUACGCUGCAGUAAAAACGACGAAGGUGGGCGUCUCCUGAGGGGCAUCAGAUGUUUCAAAUGCCUUCGGGGCUUCCUCUGCCCCGCAAAGGACCGGGGGAUACUCGCUCGCCUUAAGGCCUACGGUGAGGUGGGCCUCUUGCCGGCAGCCUCGCCCUCCAGCGAAGUCACCGCUCAUGAAACACCUGGAGAGAACCACCCACGAGCAAAGGGCUUGGAGAAGCCUAGAAAACGUGCGACCUCCCACUCCGCAAAAAACUCUCAGGUUGGGCAGAAACCCGAUGCUGUGCCGCUGGAAGAGCAGUGGCUGUGUAGGUGCUGCGGGCUGACUGGACCGCAAGCCUCGAAGGUAUGCGGAGAUACGGAAAAAGAUAUUAAAGAGAGACAGGAAAAAGCCGAUGCCUACCUGCUCCAGGGAGCAAAACAGCUCGCUGCGCGCUGCUACAGCGACCUUGUGGAACUCUACGGCAGCAAACUACACCCCCAACAUUCCGUCCUCUUCAACGCACACACUAUUCUUGCAGGCCUUCUGGCAGAGCAAGGCGGCAAGGACUUGCCUCGGGCCCUCAUAGUCCUCAGGCGUGCCGGUAUGGCUGCGGAGACGGUCUUGCCAGCCACCUCCAUGGUCAAAGUACAUUUGUAUUUGAAACUCGCAGAGCUCACUUACAGGGCGAUGCAGCUGGAAAAGCAGUGCCGCCGGGGUCCCUCUGUGCCUCCUGAGAAGAUCUUGGAGCCUCUCUUUUGCGCCCUGUGGAAUUGUGUGGCCUGCUUGGGGAGAGAGGCGACGCUGUCUGUAGCUGUGGGUCUGCGCCUCCGUCGCUUUGCUGCUCUACUUGGUGUCUCUACCCCCCCGCUUACUCACGUUCCCGUCCAACUCCGGAAGCUUUUUACGCAGGACCCCAUGUCUAUAGCUGCGGGCCUGGUCCGACGCGGCUUGCACUUCCCUCUUGCACUGGAGUUGUUUAGGGCCAUGAAGGACAUUCAGCACCUCCCCACAGGCCUCACCCUUCUGGGCCUCGCUUGCCUCUACGCGCAUGACGCUGUCGUCGACGCCUUGCUGAAGAUAGGCUACAGCCUUUUUGCCCAGUCAUCCCUAGGAAUGACUCCCCUGUUGGUGAUGUGCGCCGCCCGAGGAGAUCGUCUUCCGUGGGGGAAGCACGGGACGUUUUCCGGCCGUCCGUUCUCGGAAACAGCACCUGCGGCAACAGAGACAGAGACAGAAGCAGCACGAUUGAAAAUAUUCCGGCUGAUGCUGCAACACUGUGACUCUUUGGAUUCCAGAGCGGCUGCGGUAGACCGCCACAGAUUAUUCGAGAGGAGACAGUCGCCAUCCCCGUCUCCAAAGGCCUCAACAGGGCCUGCUGGAGAGACAGGCCAAGCUGGAGACACCGGUACAAUGCCCGGCAAGCAGGCGUUAGGGGACAGCAGGAGACGGUUGCUGUUUGCUUUAUCGCACAGACUCCUCGGGAGGAGCCAGGCGCUGCACUUUGCGGCCAGCAACGGCAAGACUAGGCUCUGUCGGCAGCUGCUGGCAGCUGGGGCAGAAGUCGACACCGUGAACAUCGAAGGCGCCACGCCGCUACACUUGGCCUGCAUCUCAGGGUCCCUGGACACUGUGAAAUUGCUUCUGGAGCGCGGGGCAGACAUUAACGCACCCACAUCGGGGGGUGAGACUCCUUUGGUGCUGGCUGCCUAUUGGUUACAAGGAGACGUCCUCUCCUGGCUGCUGCAGCAGGGUGCCAACCCCAAGGUGGUGACGAGAGCAGAAGGGUUAACAGUGCUGCAUGCAGUGGCCGCAGGAGUGUUGCGACAAACAAGGCCUUUGUUUAGGGGCCUUGCUUGGGAAGGGGACCCCGCUGCAGUCACCCUUGAGGGCGCCACGGCGGAGACAGUUGCCAGGGGGACAUACAGCCUCGGGGGCUUCAACGUGAGUUGCCAAGACGCCCCGGUGGAUCUACGUAUUCCAUCUCCUACCCCAGAUGACAACGACCUACUUUCUUUCCCGGGGGAGUUAAUGCAGAGGGUACACAUGGCCCAGAGGAUGCUGCUAUCUCUAGCGCCUCACUGCGACCCCGGUACGUACAACCGACGCACACGAAGAGGCUUCACGGCUGCAGAGCUCUUGCUGCACUCUUGGGAAGACUUCGAGAGCAGGCGAAAUGGACUCCUGAAGCAGGGGGAUUUGCGGCUGGCCACCUUAACGCCGGAAGAGAAGGCACAACUGGAGGAGCGCUGGCACUUUGUGCUGCACCAAAUCUAUGUCUUGAGAGACUUCCUCAAGCCCCAUCACACUGGGGGCACUGACGGGGCCAACAGCGGGAACUGCACACCAAGGCCAGAGCAGAUCGAAGAGAUGGAACGUCAGAAGCUUCUAAAUGUUGCCCCUUGGUUGCUACACGACGAAGUCUUACAGGCUACUGAGAAGGCUUCCAGAGGAGCCCCUGUUAUGGAGACAACUGUUACCGGCUGA